CCUAGUGACUCGAGAAAGAAGAAGUACGCAUCCGUUGUUUACAAACAUUCGCUUCCCUCGAAAGGUUAUUUGUAAAAUUAGUUUUAUUUGACGCAUUUCCACGGUAAACGAUGUCGGUGCAGAUAGAAAAAAGACGUUACGAUUGCUCAGCUCUCCCUAAAGGAUGGAAAAGGGAGGAAGUGCUCAGGAAAACUGGAUUAACGUCUGGGAAAAUGGAUGUUUAUUAUUACAGCCCAAGUGGAAAGAAGUUUCGCAGUAAGCCUCAACUAGCCCGCUAUCUAGGUGACUCUGUAGAUCUCUCUUCAUUUGACUUUAGAACUGGAAAAGUAAAUCCUGUUCUCCUUAGAAAAAAUAAGAAGCCUCGAGGAACUUUGUUUGACUACAGCCGUGGCAUGCGAAUGAUGCUUCACUGUUCCUCCAUCCGGCAGACAGCAUCUAUUUUCAAGCAGCCAGUCACUGUCAUAAAGACCCAGCCAUCCAGUAAGGUAAAAUUGGAGAUUAAACAUGGCCUGCAAGAAAAACCUAAACAGUUGUUUUGGGAGAAACGACUACAAGGUCUACAGCUUGAUGCCCAGACAGAAGUCAUGCGUCAUGUUGACCUGCCUGCUGCUCUCAAGGCUGUGGGACCAAAUGUUGAAGACCAGACCGUAUUGCAGAGUUUGGCCACAGCAUUGCAUCUUUCACCUGGUCCCAUUACGGGCCAGACAGAAGCCAAACAGUACCUGGAGAAGAACCCUGGGGUCUUUGUUAACCCCAAUCAACCUCUUGUAGCUGCUGUGCAGAUUCAAGAUAAGGACAUAACACAGCAGGAAGAGCGUGUUGAUUUUGCCAGGCAACAGUUGCAGGAGGCUUUGAAGGGGCUAGAACCAUAAAGUCUUUAUUACCAUAUCCUUCUAGGCUAGUUGUCUUUAUCAUGUGCAAAUAUUGUAGUUGGGAAUUGUGAUGGAAGUACCUUACUGUUCAAAUACAUAAUACUUCUCAGAUAUCUAGCCAGUGAUAUACUUCUGUAAUACAUAAACUAGUAUGACCAUACUUCUGUAAUACAUAAACGAGUAUGACCAUGGCUCACUUUUGAAGGUUUUGUGAGCUGGUUGGUUGAUCUGUGUUUUUUCCUCACAUCCCCAUGCUCAAAUGGUAUUUUCUUAUAGCUUAUGUAAAAGUAAGUAGAGGGUUAUUAGUGACUAUUAGAGACAACUUCAGGAAUAUCGAAUGUUUUUUAUUGUGUGGACCUUUGUUUUUUCAGUAGGUAAUAAUGUACCAAUGUACCAUAAGUGUGAGUUCAGAAUUGUUUUAUGUAUUGUGAUUUUUAGAUAUCUCUUAUUACUAAAAUUAUAUACCAAACCUUGUAAUGUUGUUUUGUACUGCUGCCAUCCUUUUGGGCUGUAAUUGUGCGGUUGUAGCUAAAAUAUGCAUGCCAUUGUUUGUUUCAGGGAACUUUAAUCUAAUUUCUUAGAUUGACAGAAUGCAGUCGGUGCAAGUCUGUAUAUCAUUGGUAGUGUAGAUCUACUACAAUGGUAGUUGUAUAUUCAUUAAAAGUUUUGGGAUUACUAUUUGCCUACUUUGGAUAUUUUCUGUUUGCAUUGUAGGAUAGGAAAUUAAUACAUAUUUUUUCCAUUAUAAAAGACAUUCAUAUGAACAAACCAAACAGCAUAAAAUUUGAGAAAGAAUGGCAGAAUUGUACAUCUAAGAAUCAAUUCCUUUAUUUAUAUGGCCAUAUCAUGAGUUGACAGUUUCUUUAUUAACUUUUUCAGUUAAUGCUUUUAUUUUAUGAAAAGUAAUUAACUGGAUUCAGAUUCUUUUAUAGUUUAUGCACUGAAAAUUAGCUCUUUGAGGCCUUUUAUAUAGAAAGUAUCUCUUGCAUAAGCAUGGAAAGUUCACUCUGUAUUUCUCACAAGUUUUGGCGUAUUGUAGAUAUACAGUA